GAAGAUCCAAAUGAACCAAUGGCGAAUCAGUCUGAAGUUCUCGAGUUUGUGCUCAUUGGCUUUCCAGGACUCCCGAAGAAUUUCCAUAUCCUGGUUUCCUUGAUGAUGUUCCUCAUAUACAUAACUGCCCUCGUGGCCAACGGCACUGUCAUUGGACUCAUCGUGAUGAAGGAACAUCUCCACCAACCAAUGUACAUCGUCAUCGGGAACCUGUCCCUCUCUGACCUCUUAUUCGACACGCUCACCGCGCCCAAGAUCAUAGCCAAGUAUUGGUUUGGGGACGGGAACAUCUCUUUCCCGGGGUGUUUCUUUCAGUUGUUCUUUGUCCAUUGCUUGGGCUCCGUCGAUUCGUUCAUCCUCAUGCUGAUGGCCGCCGACCGCUCGGUCGCAAUUUUCCAACCCCUUCGAUACUUUGCAAUAGUCACUAAGAAACUAGCGGUCGCUUUGUGCUGCUUCUUUUGGGCCCUAAGUGCCGCGGUGGUUUCAGUGAUAACUUACAUGACCCUUACGUUGCCCUUCUGUGGCCCCAAUAAGAUCAUUGGCUGUUUCUGCUCCAGUUCAGUGGUGUUUCCCUUGGCCUGUACGGAUGUCACGUUUGUUCGGAAAGUAACUUUGAUCUUAGCUCUGAGUGUUCACUUAGUCCCGUUGACUCUCAUUAUAUUGUCCUAUUUGCUCAUCGUCCUCACCAUCCACUCAAUGUUGCACUCGGACAACUGGCAAAAGCUCUUCUACACCUGCACCACCCACCUGUUGGUCAUCAGUUUGUAUUUCAUACCGAGGCUCUUUGUGUAUUUGGCUAACUAUGUCCGCUUGCUUUUCAAUGCUGACAUCAACGUCUUAAUUCUUUACUUGUAUACGUUUCUGCCCCAUUUGGCCAACCCCAUCAUCUACUGCCUCAGGAACAAAGAAAUCAAAAUCAUUCUGGAAAACCUGAUGAAGGUGAAGAUUGGCAUUAAAGUCUAACGGCAAAUUGUACGAUGGCCCAGGCAUGUGGUUCAUCAUCUCAUUACUGUAACCGCAGGGCCGCCAUCAGAAAUCACGGGGCCCCUCACAACAACAUUUUCUGGGCCCCCCCUCCUCAGC